AUGGUGAUCCUGGUUUCAUUGCCAUUGUGCUGUGGAGUUUUCAAGCUCUAUGGCAAGGCACGGGGCGAACAAAAUGAUUCGGCCACCAGCAGCGUGAGCCAAUUCACAGCCAAGAGGGUGAAGAAGAGGGGGAAUACCUCCUCAGGCACCAGUUCAGACAGCAAGAGCGAGGACAGCAGCGAGAAGAGCGUGGAGCUAUUCGGAGAAGAGCAGAAGAUUCGCCGAAUGGGGCGAGCAGCGCCAGGGGCAUUGACCUGUGCUGCCUUCCGCGACAUCCAGAACUCCCUGUUGACAGGAACGGGGGGAGUAUGGAACCCCGAGGAAGGGGUGAUCCCACCGAUAGCCUGCCAAUACUAUCGCCAGUGCAUGCAACAGAGGCUGCAAGGAGGACAGGCCCGGGAAGCGCUGACAGUGGCGUGGACUUUGGACCUCCUACUUCAGGGGAGGGUGUCAGAGGCGUGCGACACGCUGACCCAGAGAUUCAAGAGCUUAGAGAUGAGUGGGGCCGGAGCUUCGUGGGCCAUCUCUCAGAAGGUGGAACUGGCGCCGCCCGAGAAACCGGUCUUGAGCUCCCGUCCAGAGAUGAGGGAGGCGAUACGAGAAAAUCGCGAAGAACAGAAGACCAGACCAGGAGCGAGGCCGCCCGGCCGAAAGGAAAAGGCGAUUCGGGACUUCGUCUUGGCGGGAGGAAGACGGCAGCUUGGUUAG